AUGAAGGAGUCCAGUACUUUGAUCAGUGAAACAAAUAUAUAUGAUCCUCUCGACUUUGAUCUUCACCAUGCCAUACAACAACUUUAUUCUACUUGCCUGUCAAAAGAUCAACACGAUCACAAAAUCCAUUCGGCACUUGUUACCUCUAUAGACUUUACCAUAUUCCAAACAUUCCUUAAUGAUCCUCAAACUGUAUCUAAAAGUCAAGUAUUAGAUACUGUUUCACAAUGUAUGCUUUAUCGUCCCUGGACUUCCUUGGUUAUUCAAUGGUUUCGACCUAUUGCUAUUGAUCUGAUAGCAAGACUGGUGACUCCUGGAUUCUUGGACUUUAUCAAAAUGGAUCAUGUUUCUACAUCAAACUCAAGCAUUACUGUAUAUAAAUUAGAAUUGGUGGCCAAAACCUUUGCUUCAGUACUUUCAAUCGUACCUCAAGUCAAAAGCUUGGUUGUAUCAUAUUUUUCGCAUUCUCCCUCAUUAUUUGAACGAUUGAAUCAACAACGACUAGACUUCUCAACUCAAAUCUCUUCUUCCUCCAAUGUCACACAACUUCAAGACUUACUAUUUACUGCAUACAAAUUUCUGAACUUUUCAACAACUACAUUUGCUUCCAUUUGGAAUUGGGGUUCCCUUGUACAAUUAUUGGAUUAUCCUCAUGAUACUAUCCGUUAUCUUGCUUCAUUAUGUUUAUCAAAAGUAUAUGGACUCAGUGAUAUUCAAACUAAAGGUCUAUUGGACGCUGCUGUGGGUUAUUGCAUCGAUGAAAAAGAAGAACCUAUUAUGGCUAUAUUGGAUGAUACUCGGAUAGAUUUACGCAUGCUUAGUCUUUGGGAAGAACAAAAUCAAGCCAAUGCUCAAAUCUCACUUAUCAACAACCAUUUCCAAUCUACAACAACAUCAACAUCAUCUAAAUUGACGUCGAAUGAUCUAUGUUCUUUUACUACUAAUCUUUGUGGUGUCCUUAUGGUCAAUCAUAAUCAACAUAAUACAGUUUCCUCUAACAAACAACCUCAAUUGAUUCUUACCGACACAACUGCUCGAAAUCUUCAUGCGAUUGGAUUAGCUCUUUCCGUGGGUGCUCCUACUUUAUUAGAAGGUGUUACUGGUGCUGGAAAAACAACCCUUGUGGAAGAACUUGCAAUCAGAACUGGUCGUGGUGAUCAACUUGUCAAAAUUCAUUUAGGUGAUCAAACUGAUCCCAAAGUGCUUCUUGGAACAUAUGUAUCAACAUCUACUCCUGGUUCAUUUCGAUGGCAAGCUGGUGUUCUUACUACUGCUGUACAAGAAGGUCGAUGGGUACUGAUUGAAGAUAUUGAUCUCGCUCCUGCUGAAGUUAUUUCUGUUCUACUACCAUUGUUGGAAACUCGUCAUUUGUUCAUUCCUUCUCGUGGUGAAGAAAUCAAGGCAAAAGAAGGUUUUCAUUUGUUUGGUACUCGAUCUUUGAUUCCUUCGCGAUCUGGUAAAAGUUUCAGCUCUCGUGGUGGUGAUUUAGUGACCGGUGCAAACCUUUGGACUCGUGUACAUGUAGAUGCUUUAUCUCAUAAGGAACUGGAACUAGUCGUACAACAAAAAUUCAAUAAUAUUGGGGACUUCUCUCGUCAUGUCAUGGAACUUUUUGAAACUGUGGUAAAUCUUUAUCAAGAUCCCAAUUUUACUUCUCUAUCAUCAUCAUCUGCUGGUCGGUUUAUUUCAACACGGGAUCUAAUGAAAUGGUGCUACCGUAUCGACACUCUACUUGGCUCUCGACUUGGACAUAGUGAACAAGCGGAUCGUGAUAUUGGAAUGGAUGAAUCAAUCCGACAAGAUUUAUUUAGUGAAGCUAUUGAUUGUUUCUGCGGUAUGAUCUCUGAUUAUGCUACAUGGGUGGUUGUUCUUGAAAGGAUGGGUCAACCUCUUCAAAUCUCACAAGCAAUGGUACGCCAUUAUGUGGAUCAAUACAAACCUGCCUUUGAUAUCUCUGGCUCCAAUGUACGAGUGGGUCGUGUCAACUUGUCCUCUAUCGCAGCUACUGGUCGUCAGAAACAAAAGCAAUCUAUGGUUAAACGUGAAAAGAAACGUCCUUUUGCUACUACUGGUCAUGCCUUACGUUUAUUGGAAAAGAUUGCCGUUUCUGUUCAUUUGACUGAACCUGUUCUUUUGGUGGGUGAAACUGGUACAGGGAAAACGACUGUGGUGCAACAUUUGGCAGAUAUGAUGAAUCAAAACUUGAUUGUGGUCAAUUUAUCUCAACAAUCGGAUAGUUCGGAUUUAUUGGGUGGAUUCAAACCUGUUGAUGGAAAAGUCUUGGCCAUCCCUCUACGUGAAGAAUUCGAAAAAUUAUUUGAAAAGACAUUUUCAGUCAAGAAGAACGCAAAGUUUUUGGAAGUUGCUCGCAAGUCCUUUGUACAUCAAAAAUGGAACAACUUUGUCGCUUUAUUGAAACAAGCAAUCAAGAUGUCUGAACAAAAAUUCCAAGCUGAAGAUGAACAAAAAACAAAUUCUACAGAUGGCAAUGUUAGUAAACGUGUCUCUUCUCCUCAACUACGAAGCUUAUGGAAAGCAUUUGGAAGACAAGUGGAAGCAUUUGAAGUACAACAAGUUCAAUCACAGAACAAGUUUGUAUUCAAUUUUAUGGAAGGUUCUUUGGUUAAAGCUGUACGACAAGGGGAUUGGAUUCUUAUGGAUGAAAUCAAUUUGGCUACAACAGAAACUUUGGAAUGUUUAUCUGGUCUUUUGGAAGAUGCUGAAGGAUCGCUGUUAUUGACUGAAAAAGGUGAUGUGGAACCAAUCAAACGUCAUCCAAAUUUCCGUUUAUUCGCUUGUAUGAAUCCUGCUACUGAUGUUGGUAAACGUGAUCUUCCUCCUGGCUUGCGCAAUCGCUUUACAGAGUUCUACGUCCAUUCUCCUGAUUCUCGAUAUGAAGAUUUGCUUCAAAUUGUUCGCCAAUAUAUCUUACCUGUGGCUACUGGUGAUGAACGUGCUUGUGAAGAUGUGGCUCAAUUCUAUAUGGAAGCUAAAAAACUUUCUCAACAACAUAAACUUGUUGAUGGUGCUAAUCAACGUCCUCACUUUAGUAUCCGUACUCUGGCUCGUGCUUUGACUUAUGUGGUUCAAAUCUUUCCAACUUAUGGUUUACGUCGAUCUCUGUACGAAGGUUUUUCCAUGACAUUUUUGACACAACUCAAUAAAGAAAGUGAAUCUUUGAUGCAGAAAUUGAUCUUUAGUACUAUACUCGGCAACAUUCCCAAUACAACUCAUUUGAUCACUCAGAUUCCUCGACAACCUUCACCCAAUUUUAUUCAAUUCGGUUACUUUUGGUUGGAAAAAGGCCAAUAUGAUCCUAUCGAUGAUCCUCAUUAUAUCAUGACACCAUCUGUUGAAACCAAACUGUAUAAUCUAGCUCGUGUUAUCAUGUCUCGCAAAUUCCCUGUGUUGAUCCAAGGUCCUACCUCUGCUGGUAAAACAAGUAUGAUUGAAUAUUUGGCAAAGAAGACGGGUCAUCGCUUUGUACGUAUCAACAAUCAUGAACAUACUGAUUUACAAGAAUAUCUGGGUACCUAUGUCUCAAAUACCGAAGGAAAAUUAGUCUUCCAAGAAGGUGUACUUGUAGAAGCUUUACGUAAUGGUUAUUGGAUUGUUUUGGAUGAAUUGAAUUUGGCCCCAUCCGAUGUAUUAGAAGCUCUGAAUCGAUUAUUAGAUGAUAAUCGUGAAUUACUCAUUCCAGAAACGCAAGAAAUUGUCAAGCCUCAUCCUCAUUUUAUGCUUUUCGCAACUCAAAAUCCUGCUGGUCUUUAUGGUGGUCGUAAGGCGUUAUCUCGUGCUUUUAGAAAUCGAUUCUUGGAACUCCACUUUGAUGAUAUUCCUGAAGAAGAACUAGAAACCAUUCUCUCCCAAAGGUGUCAAAUUGCUCCUAGUUAUUGCAAGCGAUUAGUUCAAGUGUAUCGUUCAUUGAUGGAACGUCGACAAAGUACUCGUAUCUUUGAACAACGACAUGGAUUCAUUACUUUACGUGACCUUUUCCGUUGGGCUGGUCGAGAUCCUGAAGGUUAUCAAGAAUUGGCUGAACAUGGCUACAUGCUACUUGCUGAACGAUGUCGUCGGGAUGAAGAAAAAGCAGUUGUCAAGGAAGUGCUGGAAAACGUGAUGAAAGUGACUCUGAAUGAAAACGAUAUUUACGAUACAUCACGAUUGGAAGAAUUCGCUAUCUAUGAUAAAAUGCUUCAACAUCAAGCCACUGAAGCUGGACAAGAUACAAAAUUAGUAUGGACCAAAGCAAUGAAACGACUCUUUACUUUGGUGGCACGCUGUUUGAAAUACAAUGAACCUGUGUUAUUGGUGGGUGAUACCGGCUGUGGAAAAACAACAGUAUGUCAAAUGCUCGCGGAAACGUAUGGACGGGAAUUACAGAUUGUCAAUUGUCAUCAAAAUACGGAAACUGGAGAUUUACUUGGUGGACAACGGCCUGUUCGACAAAAGGAAUCCGACAACAACAUGGAUGAAUCAACUGGAAAAGAUGAUCAACAACCGAAACCACUUUUUGAAUGGCAUGAUGGUCCAUUAGUACAAUCGAUGCGUGAUGGUCAUCUAUUUUUACUAGACGAAAUCUCAUUGGCUGAUGAUUCUGUAUUGGAACGUUUAAAUUCUGUAUUGGAACCUAGUCGUCUAUUGGUACUUGCUGAAAAAGGUGGGAAACAUGUAGAAGAAAUCAUUGGUGCCAAAGAUUUCAAAUUCCUUGCUACUAUGAAUCCUGGUGGUGACUAUGGCAAGAAAGAACUUUCUCCUGCACUUCGUAAUCGAUUUACUGAAAUUUGGGUACCUUCUGUGACAGAUCGUGAAGAUUUAUUGAAUAUCAUAGGUCAGCAAAUCGGUCAUGAAAGUUUGAAAGACUACGCUCCAAAGAUGCUCGAUUUUGUUGUUUGGUAUAUGGCAGCUCUUGGUCAAUCACGUACUGUAGUGUCCCUUCGAGAUAUUUUAGCCUGGGUGAAAUUCAUGAAUACUGGUGUGGAAAAUGGUUUGGAUCCUCAAUUAUGUUAUGCUCAUGGUGCUUGUAUUGUGUUAUUGGAUGGUCUCGGUUCUCACGGUUCAUCAGGUUCAUUUUUAGCUGGCAAUGCACUGAAGGAAUUCCGAUUGAAAUGUCUUCGUCAAUUGGUAGGUGAUCAUCAUGCUUCUGAACAAGAUGUUUUAGGUUUACAUACAUCAGAUGAUACCAAAGUGUGUGUUACCCAAGAUCAGUUCGCUAUUGGACCUUUCCAUAUUCCUCGUGGCAAGUUAGACAAGACUGAUAUCAAGUUUACAUUAUUGGCACCAACAACCGGUGAUAAUGCAAUGCGAGUGAUUCGAUCAAUGCAAUUGAAGAAACCAAUUCUUUUGGAAGGAAGUCCUGGUGUGGGUAAAACUAGUUUGAUAUCAGCUUUAGCAGCAGCAUCUGGACAUCACCUUGUACGUAUCAAUUUAUCUGAACAAACUGAUCUGAUGGACUUGUUUGGUUCUGAUCUACCUGUGGAAGGAGGCAAUAGUGGUGAAUUUGCUUGGCGUGAUGCUCCAUUUUUACAAGCAAUGAAGGCUGGUGAUUGGGUACUUUUAGAUGAACUCAAUCUGGCUUCUCAAUCUGUUUUAGAAGGUCUCAAUUCUUGUUUGGAUCAUCGUGGUGCGGUAUAUAUUCCUGAACUUGAUCGUGAAUUCUUUUGUGCUCAUGGAUUCCGUGUAUUUGGUGCUCAAAAUCCAUUACAACAAGGUGGUGGUCGAAAAGGUUUACCCAAGUCAUUUGUGAAUCGAUUUACACAAGUUUAUGUAGAACAACUUACUGCUGAUGAUUUGUUGUUUAUUUGUAUUCAUCUUUUCCCAGAAUUUGAACAAGAUAUUUUACAACGCAUGAUUACUUUCAACUCAGCAAUGUAUCACGAAACAAUGGUCAAAUGUAGUUUUGGAAGAAAAGGUAGUCCUUGGGAAUUCAAUCUUCGCGAUGUAUUUCGAUGGUUGGAACUGAUGCAAGCGAACAAUGUGAAGGAUCCUAUGGAAUUCUUGAAUACAAUUUAUAUGCAACGUAUGCGGACUCAUGAAGAUCGGCUCAAGGUAGUGGAACUGUAUGAAUCUGUUUUUGAAUGCAAGUAUCUUCGUCCUCCACAUCCUCAUUACAGUAUUUCUCCAGAACAUUUUGUGGUUGGCCAUUCUUCAUUAUCGAGAACUCAAGGAAACGAUGAUACUCUGGAUACCUUUGAACAUCAAGAUCAUAUAUUACAAUCAUUUUUAUCUCCUUUGGAAGCAUUGAUUAAAUGUGUGGAAUCAAGUUGGAUGGCUAUCGUUACUGGUCCUUCAGCAUCUGGCAAAACAUCUUUAGUCCGACUCCUCAGCAAAAUGACGGGAAAUCGACUACAAGAAUUUGCAAUGAAUAACAGUGUGGAUACAAUGGAAUUACUUGGAGGUUUCGAACAAGUGGAUCUUAAUCGUCAUCGUCAAGUCAUCAUCGAUACUUUACGUUGCCUUACAAAUCGUGGAACAAAAUACCUUUUGGAUCAUUUAGCAACGGUAUCCAAGGAAGUAUCAAGUGAUCAAGAACAACAACGACUUUUGAUAUUACAACAAAUACGACAAUUAAGUGACGCUUGGUUUGCUUUGGAAAAACAACAACAAUUACGACUUGUCUCCGACAAUCAUACAAAGGACCAUUUAGAUUAUAGCCUGGUAUCAGCAGUUUUGAAUUGUAUCAACUCUACAGCCCAUAUUGAUAGUGAAGCAUCAUCAUCCAUCGCAUCAGUAGUAGAUUCAGUGAAACGAUUACAAGAAUUGGAAAAGAAUUCUGUAGCUGGCAAGUUUGAAUGGAUUGAUGGUCUUCUCAUCGAUGCUUUAGAACAUGGACAUUGGUUAUUGAUCGAUAAUGCCAAUCUAUGUAAUCCUUCGGUGCUUGAUCGUUUGAAUCCUCUAUUUGAAAACAAUGGUGUUUUGAUGGUCAAUGAACGUGGUUUAGUCGAUGGUACAGUCAAGGUGAUCACUCCACAUCCCAACUUUAGAAUGUUUAUGACAGUGGAUCCUCAAAAUGGUGAACUCUCACGUGCUAUGCGAAAUCGAGGUAUUGAAAUCUCACUGGUGGAUUCUCAUUGGAACAAUAAUAAACAAGAUGUUAUCAAACUUACUAAUAGUAUCGGUUUACGUGGUCCUCAACUCCCACUCAUUCUCAACGAUUUGCAAGAGGAAGCUGCUAUCAAACGAAAACAUUUUGGCAAGAACAAGAAUGUGCGUGAUUAUAUCCUAUUGGCAACUUAUAUCAAUGAACGUCUUCAACGUGGUCAAAAUUUGAAGAACGCUGUCAAGGAAUCAUUUUCUCAAGUGUUCGUCGAUAUCAAGGAUGUACCUGAAGCAUUAUCCACUUUUAUGACUAUGGAUGAUGACUCUGAUAUUCUUCAGAUGAUGCUUUCUCCUGCAAACUGUCCUCUAUUGAUUGGUGGUAACUUGUGUCGUCAGGAUUCUAGAUUGGCGAUGGUAGCUCUACAAGGUGCGUACUUGUUAGCUCUCCUACAAGGAUAUGGACAAUCAACAUCAGAAAUAAUAGAUGCCGAAGUAAUGAAAGAACAACAACUGCAACGUAUUGAUGUGGCUUCCGACUUUUACUUGGAAUCUAUGUCUUUGGAUGAUUAUGGCCUUCGACUCGGAUGGUUGGCAUUUGUGUCUCAGCAAUAUUCGAUCAGCACUCCUCAUGUUUUAGAACGACUUGGUUAUCUUAUGAAGAAUCUUCGAAAUCAUCCUCUUUUCACUAAACAAGCUACCGUAUCAGACAAGGUAUGUUGUACAUAUUUAAAUGCCAUCAAAUUAUUUAUUCGACUCUGCAAACAAAAAUAUGCCAUGAUGAUAAUCCAGAAUACCUCUCAUAAACUUAAGGUGGCAAGCUUGACAGUAAUUCAACAAUCAUACUCUCUUCAAGAAGGUCGACUCAGUGAAUCACAACUACUACAUCCUGUCGUAGCAGAAUUGUAUCCUUUCUUUGCCCAUGUGAACAAUACCUUAUUACAAUGGAUUGAUCAAGGAAUCAAUUCAAUCAUUUCAAUUGAGCAAUAUGAUUCGAUCAACAACAUUCUGGAUCUUUAUGAUUAUGCUUGGGAAUUGACACAAUCGAACAAUUUGCCUUUGGAUAAUUUAUUGAUCAUUCUACGUGCUAUCAAAGCAUUGAUGAUGGUGGAUAUUCACGAUGAAUCUCUCUUUGCUAGUUCCUGUGCUGGUAUUGAUCGAAUUAUGUCCUCUUUUGAUUUCGAAACCUCUCUCUCAAUGAAAGAAUUAUGGGGACACUUUGGACCUGCUACCCUUUCAUCGGAAACAUUACAUCUUUUGGAACUGGAACUACUUGGUAUCAACUCAAAAUUGAAUCCUUAUCAAGCUAACAAUGGUAAUUAUUGA